CUUGUUUUUCAGCCGAAAUAUCUUCCGAGAAAAAAUUAAUGGAUUCUAUUACUGACGCUCCCUCUGCCUUUCUUCAAAAUAUCAUCGGCCACUUUGUUCUCGUACGUCUUAGUUCUGGAAUUGAUUAUCGAGGUAUUUUAUCUUGUCUUGAUGGUUGUAUGAAUGUUGCGCUUGAAGAAUGUAGAGAAUAUGUUAAAGGCGUAUUAAAAAAUGAAUAUGGCGAUACUUUUAUUCGGGGCAAUAAUGUUUUAUAUAUUGCGUGUGAUUCUUAAAUAUUAAUAAAAAA